AUGAUCACGAGCAACGGCCAGCCGUACAUGAACUGGCAGACGCGCGUGUUCUACCGAACCUGGCUCGCGUCGUCGAAGGAAAAAGGAUCGCCGUUGAAACACUUCACGCGCGUGCUCCACCGCACGCGCGACGACGAGCUCAUGUUAGAAAUUCCGACGGUUCGCAUCGACCCGACGCACGCGGAGUGCGACAACGGGUGCGACUACGCGGUCAAGGACCGUGCGCGGGCGAUCGCGGAGUGGGCGGAGACGAAGGACGCGUGGCGAUGCAGUCACGUGUUGAUGGCGGAGGCGGAUUACGUGAUGCUCAAGUCGCCGCCGCGUUCGGUGAUGUUACAGCGCGGGCACGCGUACGGGUUCUUGUUCGGGUACAUCAUCCCGUGGCACGCGGACGCGCUGCCGGCGUCGAGGGUGUUACAUGACGUCGAGCGUUACGGGCGUUACGAGGACGUGCCGCAGUCGGGGAACGCGCCGCAGGUGAUGCACGGGGACGAUCUGCGAAAGGUCGCCGAGAUCUGGGCGGACCUCGUCGAGCGCGGCGAGGAGGACGAGACCGUCAAGCGCGUGUUCGGGUGGAUUCGCGACAUGUACGCGUUUGAUUUCGCCGCGACGCGAAUCUCGCCGAUGCCCUUGACGAUACACUACCCGCCCGUGCCGUUCAACAAGCUGAUGGCGCAGCCCCCCGCGGACGCGACCGCCGGUCAGGCGUGCAUGCUCCACUACACGUGGUCGCCCAUCAUGAGCGACAAGGACGGGAACGAGGUGUGGAAGUUCGACAAGCGGUCGAUGCCUUUACCGCUGACGCCGCGGCCGACGCCGCCGGCGUGGGAUCCGAGCCGAGGGUUCAAGCUUCAGGCGGGGGAGAUAGUCACGGAGGAAGGGCUUGCGCUGAUGCGCGCGAUGGUGACGCGCUUCAACGAGGCGGUGCGGUCGAUGCCGAAGUUUCCGGAGGGGACGACGGACGCCGCGGGGGUGGCGCGCGCGCGCAGGAACGCCAAGCCGGAGCACGAGCCGUUCUUGUAA